ACUGUCACUAUUCUAUCUCAAGAUUCCCUUCCACUGUGGUUAAUCAAAUCUUUGAAUUACAUACACUUUCCCUUAGAUUUCCUGGUCGAGUAUCGACGACUUACAACAAACAGUCUCUCGGUAGAAUAUUAAAAAGACAACAACAGGACGCCAUGACGGUUCGAGACAGCGACGCCUCGGGUGCAAAGAAGGAGCACACCAAGAUGACGCACGGCGACAACAACAGCUUCUUCGAGCACGACGUCGAGAUGAUGGGAUCCGUAGACGCCCACCUGCUCAACACCACCGUCCAGAACAUCUCGUGGGAGGGCACCGAGGUCACCGUGAAGGACAGGGAGACGAAGCAGCCCAAGAAGAUUGUCGACCGCGUCAAUGGACUCGUGGAGGCUGGCGAAAUCUGUGCCCUCAUGGGCCCCUCGGGCUGCGGCAAGACAACCCUCCUCAACGUCCUCGCGGGCCGCCCCACAAACGCCUCCUCAGUCUCCGGCUCUGUCCUCGUCAACGGCGUAAAGCCCUCACGCUCCCAGUUCCGUCAGAUGAGCUGCUUCGUCGAGCAGGAGGACGCCCUCAUCGGCUCCCUCACCGUCCGCGAGACUCUCUCGUUCACCUCACGCCUCUCCAGCACCUCCUCGCUGCCCGCCAGCGAGCGCCUCGCACGCAUCAACGGCCUUCUUAAUGCUUUCGGUCUCAACGAGCAAGCCAACACCAUCAUUGGCACGCCGAUUCGCAAGGGCAUCUCGGGCGGACAGAAGAGGCGUGUUGGUGUGGCGAGUCAGCUUAUCACAAGCCCGAAGAUUAUGUUUCUGGACGAGCCGACGAGCGGGUUGGAUUCUGCGGCGAGUUUUGAGGUGAUUAGUUACCUCAAGACCGUGGCUAAGAGGAGCAACCUCAUCGUCAUCGCCUCCAUCCACCAACCUUCCACUUCAACCUUCAACCUCUUUGACAAGCUUCUCCUCCUAUCUGCUGGCCAGACGCACUACUUUGGUCCCGUUGGCAACGUGGUCCCUUACUACGAGUCCCUCGGCAUGCCGAUCCCGCUGCAGGUGAACCCGGCCGAGCACGUGCUCGAGAUGGUCAACACGGAUUUCGUAAAGGACAAGCGCGAGGCGGCGCAGAGGCUCGAGGCGAUGCACGGCGCCUGGGAGGAGUCACGCCCGGCCAAGGAGCUGCGGCUUGCCAUUUCUGAUGCUGAGAAGCAUAGCAAUUCGCUGGAAGAUGAUCAGGCGGAGAAGAAGCCUGGGCUGCCGAGUCUUGCGCUUACGUUGCUGCAUCGGAGCUUCAUCAAGAGUUAUCGGGAUGUUGUGGCGUAUGGGAUCCGGUUUGCCAUGUAUACGGGUUUGGCUAUCAUGAUGGGUACGGUCUGGCUUCGCCUUUCGACCGAUCAAGAGUCAAUUAUCCCCUUGACCAAUGCCAUUUUCUUCGGUGGUGCCUUUAUGAGCUUCAUGGCAGUGGCUGCAGUCCCUAGCUUCCUCGAAGACCGCGACCAAUACGUAAAAGACCACCAAAACGGCCUCUACGGCCCCACAGCCCUCCUCAUCUCAAACUUCUUCAUCGGCAUCCCCUACCUCUUCCUCAUCGCUCUCAUCUUCUCCGUCAUCUCCUACUGGCUCUCCAAUUUCCGCCCCUCGGCCUCGGCCUUCUUCAUCUGGGUCCUCUGGCUCUUCCUCGACCUGCUCGCGGCCGAGUCUCUCGUCGUUUUCUUCGUCUCCCUCUUCCCCAGCUUCGUCAUCAGCCUCGCCCUCGUCGCUUUCGCAAAUGGCCUCUGGAUGAGCGUGAACGGUUUCAUGGUCUCCCCCACCAUUCUCAACUCGUUUUACAAAUACGUCUUCCACUACUGGGAUUACCAAAAGUACGUCUUCGAGGGCAUGAUGCACAACGAGUUUGCGCAGCGCACGUAUACCUGCGGCAAAGGGUGCCAGUGCAUGUACCAGACCCCUCUCGCGAGCGAGUGCAAGAUUGCGGGCCAGGGCGUGCUUGACACGUACGGCUACACGGAGAAUCACUUUGGGAGGGACGUGGGUAUCAUGCUUUCCAUCGUCGUCGGAUACCGCAUCGCGGCGUGGAUCGUAUUGAAGAUCAAGAAGAACUGAGGGGCAAACGCCGCUGGUAGGCUUCCUGUCUACCCACCCCCUCGUACAAGUAAUACCAUGUUGGAAGAUGUACAAAUGGUGCUUCGGGAUUAUCUGUCUUUUCAGCCAGUACAGUUGGUUUUACACGGCUUGCAGAGGCCUGGUUUAAAGGAGUCUUUCUUUGGGUUGGCCUUUAGAUGAGGGGUGAUCUUGGUAGCUUGUAUUGAGUUGCUUUCGGCGUUCGUUUGGCUUAGACGUGUGCGGCUGUAUCGAUUAAUCUUCAGGUUUGAAUAAUGGAAAAAAAUAAAAUGAAAAAAAUCCUUCGGCACAGGGGCACAUAAGUUGUUUGUCCCAUCCCAGGGAGUUUUAUCUUCGGCUGAUCCUCCUUUUCCUGCCUUACGUGGUAUUGG